AUGUCAUCGCCACCCACUCGCGGUCAUCCAAAGAAUCCUAAUGCUGCCGUACAAGAUUUCAGUUGUAUCGCUGCUCCACUAAAUGGUGGCGCUGGUUGUGCCCCCAAGGCUUUCCCAUGUGGUGGCUAUCCACCUGAUAAACAAAUUGUGACCACAUUAACUGCUGGAGAAAUUAUAUCUGUAGAAUUUUUCAAUCAAAACAUUCCAGACCCCUCCGUGGCAAAUCCUAAUACCGAUCAAGCUCGUCACAAUGGUGGACUCUGUGAAUUUGCAUUGAGUUAUGAUGGCGGUAAGACGUAUACCGUUAUCGCUACCUACCAUGAAACAUGUCCGGAUGUUUUCUUCAACAAUUGGAAGGUGAAAAUACCUGAGAACGCACCUUCAUGUAAUAGCCCUGGAAAUUGUUUAUUCAGUUGGAGUUGGAUUAAUGCAGUGGGUAACCGGGAGUUCUAUCAGAAUUGUGCUGAUGUGAAGAUUGUAGGCAAUGCAACGAAACCCUUACCACUUAUCGAUAUCACGCGAGCGAAUUUGCCACCCCUUUUCCCAAACAUCAUUACUCCUCCAGGCGAUCCGGCCAAUACAGGAAACGCAAAAGGCUCGGGACCGUUGCCACAAGACAUAGCGAAUAAUUUGGCAUUGGUGAUUGGUUCAGGUACUUCAAAUGAGGCCGACACCUCGACAUUG